AUGUUUGACUUGCAUCCGACCGUCGCCUCCGAAACUGUGGGGAAAUAUCCGUGGCUACGUCAAUCGAAGGCUUUAGAUCCCACCCACUAUCGCUCGCCGCUGUUGAACGACACAACAUCCGACACAGAACCUAGCACUUCUGCAACAGCUCCGAAGGAGGGCAAGCUAUGGACAGCCUUCCUGGCCAUAGUGACCUACACCUCUCUCUUUGGCCGGUCCUCGACCCAAUGGCUCGGCCCUCUGGGUAGCUAUCUCCGAGCCCAGCUGCCACACGGCCCGUCCCAGACUGCCCAACAUUCCGCCGAACAUCCGGGGACCUCGAAGAGAGAUUGCCUGGAGGCGUCAAUAUUCGAUGUAGACCACUUCGACUGUCCUCCCGGUCAAGCACUUCGAUCUCGCCUGUGCGAGCCUCCCCCGUCCCUCACCUUGCUGUCGAAUGCAACAUGUCGCAGAUUUGCUGUCUCCGGCGUUAAAUUUGCUCUGCCGUUCCGCGAGAAAAAUAUUGCGGGUCGAGUGAUACCGCCGCAUGAAUCAGCAACGCCUCGAAUAAACAGGUUCAAGACUAGACCACUCUAUAAACUGGCGUGGAAUAGUGAUCGAUCCGAGCCCUUGGUUGCUACUCAAGCACUUCAUGCCCAAACACUGGAUUCGAUGUUUGCGUGUUUCAUUGCGAAGUAUGAACUUCAUAUGGACGAGUGCCGUUCUGCCAGGAGACACUGGAAAACCAUUCGAGCUCUCCUACGGUCGACGCACCUCGAACAGCAUUAUUUGCGAGGAUACCUGAACAGAGCACAAUAUGACUAUAUCCUAAGCAAGAUCAGAUCGUCCAGCAGGGUAGAGUUGGGCGUUGAAAUCUGGCGCGACUGCUUCAUUCAGAUAUAUCCCGAGUUCGCCAUCGUCCGAAAUCAGCUGAACCCUUUCGUGGAUUCCCCGCUACUUCCAUCGGCUGAAGAUCCUAGGGAGGCACGAUCCAGGUUCGCACGAAUGCAGGUCCUAGAAACAGAGAACAGACUGCCCUCUGAAGCGACCGACACUAUCGGACUCUCGUUGUCCAGCACUCCAAACGACUCGCUGCCGCUGGCUGAGUCUACUUCGCCCGAAGCAAUUAUCAACGACGUGAUGCAUCAUGCUCAACGACACUCAAAUUUGCUGUCACUGAAUCCCAUACCCGAACAUGUUGCGGACAUCCCUGCACGACAACAAGAUGCUUUGUCUGAUAUGCCCUGGCGAACGGAAAUAGGUCCAUUAGGGCUUGAGCCUGACAGUGCUGCUAGUUAUCAAUCUCUUCCUCAAUCCUCCCCCACACCAAGCUUUCCUGACUGGGACGACUAUGGCCAAUUCUCAGCCGGACCUUCGAAUUAUGCCACGUCCAUCAAGCAUGGAUACUACCAAGAUCCCCUGCCGGCCCAAGACCCAAGCAUGUACUGGCAGUCCGCAGACCACGUCGGCGGGUUGGUCAGUAGCAGCAUGGGCGCGGAUCUUGUGGCCGUCGCCCCUUUUAACGACUCUCCACCGUUUGUCCCCGAAGCAGCAUUGUUGCCACGAACGCCACAGAGGCGCAUUGGGCCCUGUCGUCAGAUGUCCGGACUUUCGAGCUCGCAGCCUACUCCGUCGUUGGUGACUAGUGUCGACUCGUCUCUCAGCGCUUUUUCACACGAAGUUGAUGGCAGUGCAACGCCCACCCCCAACCCGCCUCAGGGUUGGACUAGAGAAUUUGUCCCCGUUACCGACGACGAAUUCGACCUGUCGAACGAAUCUCUAUCAGAGUCCAGCUUCAAUCGCGAACUCGAUGAAGAUAUCGAGCGACAGAACUCUGGCCCCGACGGCACGCCUCUGCAGCUUCACCAGCAACAAGUGAAUACAGCCGAGGCGUGGCAGUCGGACAUCCCCUACCAGUUCGUGAGUAUGUCGCAGAUUGAGAAGGGCAAGCAGCGCGAACAUGACAUUGGCGAGGGGACGCAGUGGCCCGUUCAGCCAGCAAGGAAGAUACCGGAGCCGUUAAGCCGGUUCGCGACUCAGGCUUGGACGACUGCGGGAAGCCCGCGGGCUGAAAUGACGUUGACGACUGAUGAAGACGACGAGACGGAAUGA